UGGGAGAGAACUCCAUAGACAUGUCCGUUAAAGAAGCUUCGUCUCCGAGCAGCGGCGAGGUUGUGGAGCGGGAAGACACUGCAAAGCGUCAACGUGUUAACCGGUUUGUCUCCUUCAUGGAGAUUUCGGUAGAGCCAGGGAUAAAAUCGCUGAAACAUCUUGAUUCGAAGAAGUUCAAGAAUGAGAUCAAGAGAUGGGCUAAAGCUGUUGUGGCUUAUGCUCGCCAGGUCAGCAAACGGUUUGGAAGCUCCCGCCGCUCUGAGAGCUCUGAGAGUUCUUGUCGCUCUGAAAGCUCUCAUGGCUACGGAAGCUCUGGUCGCUGAUUCAGAUUCCGGUGGGAGCAAGCCACCGAAUGUCGAUGACAAUGGAGUUAUUUUAUCUGCAUUUGAGACACAUUGUUGAAGUCCCACUUGACGUAUAUACAAACUCAGAUGAUGUAAGAUUUGGCUUGCAGAGUGAGAGAUUGAAAGCAUUUUUGAGAGGUUUAUGUAUGCAUGAAAAUUAUGCAACCAGACCUUGGAGGUACACAAAGGCUUCAGUUUACAUUAAUAUCACAUUA